UACAGAAGCGAAGACGUCAAUAGGCAGAACUGAUGUAAUUGUUGGGGCAAGGGGCACUACCCCCCCCCCCUGGAAUCCCGCCUUUGCUAGUAGGGUCACCUAACUAGUCUUGUUACCCUCGGUCGAUAGUACCGACGUGAAUAAAAUGCUUUGGUUGAAGGUGGGAAAAAACCCAAAUGGAAUAAUUGUAUAACUCAAGUCCGCCUCCACCACAAGCAUGACAAGGCUGAAUGGCGGGCCGACAUUCUACAAUGCCAUAUUACCCUCUAAAAAUGAACGUUGUGUGUUCUUCACCUAUAUUAGACGUACAAGUGUUUUACACUGACGGAGUGAGCGCAUCCUUGUUGGCCAUCCACGGGUAUACAGUGGGAGAGUACGAGCUUCAGUUUAAACUGAAGGCAGAAGGGCGAGCCAGGAUUAUCCUCACUGAUUCACCAAUGGGAUCGACUGAUGGUUAUAAUAUUGUUUUUGACGACGGCCAUGACUCCGGGGAAGUUCAGACCUCCUAUAUCUCUUUGAAUGGUGAGGUUCUUCAGAGCAUAGAGGAGGAUCUUCUGAGCGAGUCUACCAAUAGACCAUUCUAUAUCAGAUAUACUCAACAAACGCUAUCAGUUGGCAAUGAAGGUAGCCCUCCUAUUCUCCUCGUGGAAGAAGUACCAUACGAUUCUGUACAAUAUAUCCGAUUUCAAACGGAGCAUGGCGAAAGAGGACGGUGGACAUUCUAUGAUGUACAAGUUAAAAGCACCGUUGGUGUGGAACCCAUUCCUACGGAUACCCAUAUCUACUCUUAUCAUACAUCGGGAUCACAACAAUCUAUCUAUCCAUUUGCACCGUUGCCAUUCGAUAAGUUUGAAUUUGAUUUCGAGGUUCAGUCAGGGGGAGAUGCGUUUGUUUCACUUUCACCUCUACCAUUAGAUCAGAAGAGCUACAUGUUCGUUUUUGACAGAAUUACCGAUGUGCAGACAUCUUCUGUUGUGCAAUACGAUGAUCAAGUGUUCGAUAAAUACGAAGGUAGUCUCCUCUCAAAGGAUGAAUUUACGAAGAUGUAUGUAAGACGAGAAGAUUCAACCAUGGUGGCGGGAAAAAUAGGAGAAGAUCCUAUCCUUCAGGUUCAAGGUUUGAGUGAACCAUUUCCACGAUUUAUCAACUUUGGAAAUCUUAACGGUGAUAUUACAAAAUGGCGCUUCUUCAAUGUUAGUCCGGCGGCCAGAGGUGAAGUGUCGAUAUAUCUUCAGGCAUUGGAUGAACCCGUCUAUGAUCUCCAGAUACCCCCUGGGGACUUCACGUUUCUGUUUUCAGCACUCGUAACAGACGCAGCCUUCAUGUUUUUCACAUCGGAACCAAGAUAUCAGCAAGGAGUAGGAUACCAAUUAUCUUUCAUGAACAGUGACAGUAUGGGCACCAGUCGUGUAGAUGUUUCUUACAACGGUGUGGCCAUCGCUUCUUACUCGGGAAACCGCCUCAGUCUCGGUGACCGUGCCUACCUAUUUGCCAAGUUGGUCGAUUCCACACUCUGUAUUGGAAUUAGCGGGGAGGACACACCCCUGCUCCAUCUGUCUCAAGUCGACGUUGGGAGUCUGAAGUACAUCGGUCUUCAGCGGGUCACCACCGGCAUAGACCUGUGGACGUUCUUUGGUCUUAAGUAUAUUGGAGAAGAUGGCCAUGAUGACCGAGUUCUGAUCACUGACAAACCCGGAGACCCGGUGAUCACUCAUACACCUCCUCCAGAAGGCAAUGCGACGUUGGUAAACGGUUCUUCCGGCGGUGGUCAAGCUGUAGAGACAGGCAUCAAUGCAGGUGGUGGCGAAGGUGCAGUUCCUGCUGUUCAGCCACCGAACUACGACAAACCUAUAGAAAUGUCAGGCAAUGUGUUGAAUGUAACGACAGACGGAACUGCAGGCUAUGUGAACAAGCUUGGACCUCUAGAUCUUACGACUGGGAGUCGAGGCCAGUUUGCAGUCAAGGCUGAUAAGAAUGUCGCAGUGGCUCUCAUCUCGCAUAAUGGAUCUGAUACGGACUACUAUGAAAUACUAAUUGGUACCGGAGACAAUUUGAAAACGGAAUUGAAGAGAUGCCUUGAAUCUGUCUGUUAUACUGUAUUGAGCGAAGACACCCCGUAUGUUCUGAAAUCUAUCAAGAAAACGCUCUUUUUCAUCGAAGUAAUUCCUGCCAUCGAUGGCUCAUUGAAGAUCCGUCUAGGGAAAGGAGACGUGUUGGAUGCUGAAACCAUUACGUUGCUAUCUUAUGAAGAUUCGGAACCACUCAAGAUUGAGUAUGUGGGAAUCCGAACAUACGGCGUGUUAGGCGAUUGGACCAUUCACCACAAGCUUCUACUACCAGAGGAUCUGACCAAUUUCCAGACGGAGACAGGUGGUGAUUUUCAGUAUUAUCCCCUGCUUCAUCACGAGAAGACAGUAACGAAUGCCGAAAAACCGAAGGGCGUGUCACGCUUUGAGUUUGGUGUUAUAUCACCUUCCCAGGUCAUUCUCUCACUUUCUGCGGAUCGCACGGAUCAACAUGAUCGAUAUGAAAUACGUAUUGGCGCUGAUGGUAACACUAAACUAAGCCUUUAUCGGUGCGAGGCAAUGAACUGUACCCUUCUGGAAACAGCUCUGGAAUACGGGGUGUUGAAACUGAGACAGCUGACGGCGUUUUUCUUAGAGCUCAGUUCGGUCGAUGGUGGCGCCCUUUUCAUCAGUUUAGGAAAGCUUGGUGGUAUCGACUUAAUGGACAGGAGGUUACUGAUGUAUACCAUCCCAGACCCAUUGCAGGUGGCUAUCAUGGGAUUCCGUACACCAAACUCCGCCGGUUACUGGGUUAUCAACCAAUUCAUCCGAUACGAUUCUGCGACAUCGAAGUUUGUUACUCAACAAAGUCAACACUAUGUUUACCAACUGGGACCAUUUGCAGCCGCAGAUGAAGCGAGGAUCGAUUUCUCCAUUCAGUCUGCUUGCCAGGCCGAAAUCGUUUUUAAAGCUACAACAGCUAUCUCAGAUAAUUAUACACUUGGUAUGAAACUAUUGGUAAAAUAUUCAAGUCUCUAAAACGCAAUGUAAAUCCUUUGAUUGCGUUUUCGAAGUGAAUUAUCAUGAACAUUAUAGUGUUUCUAUUGGAAGUAUGUUAACUGAUACA